AUGAUAGCUUUUGGAAAAGCUAACACUCAAAGCUGUAACAGUAAUAACAAUGACUGUACGUGCAUUUUUGGGACUCUGAAGGCGGAAGACACAAGUUUAAGUGUCGCUGAAGCUUUCAGAAAGUAUAAACUUACUGAUUAUGUUCCUAUUCCUCCCAAAGAUUAUCUUGAGGCCAGUUACAAAACUGCUGACGUGAAUUUGGGAAACUUUAUUCCUCCAUUAAGAAUUAUUGACCGUUCCAAUAUUAACUAUCCGAAGGCAAAGGAAAACGCAUUAUACACGUUGCUUACAAUUGAUGUAGACGCCCCACCAAUGGUUUACUCGAAGAAAGGAUAUAUCAAUACAUUAAUUGUAAAUCUCCCCAAGAGCGACAACUUUCUAACAAAUUCUGGUGAUGUAAUUGUGCCAUUGAACACGCCUGUUCCUUGCUUAGGGACAGGUAUCCACCGUCCAAUGCAGUUGGUGUACGAACAGGAAGAAUAUAUAGAUCCUGAUCAGACGGAUUUAUUUAAAUUGGCUAGAACUCGUCUUAUAUCCAAGAUAACAGCGUUUGCAAAGAAAUACCAUCUAGGGAACCCAGUAGCUGGCAACUUCCACAUAACGGAGCUAAGUUAUUGUGAUGGAAAUUCGUGUUCUGAAGAUUCCGAUGAUGAAGAUGUACACAUCGAAAUCAUGUUUCCAAUUUACUUAAUAAUCCUUACAACGCCAGCUAUUUUUGCAGCCAAUGCUUGUUUUAAUAGUAAUGACUGUACUUGUUUAUCUGGAUUUUUGAGUGCUGUAAGACCGAAUAUAAGUGUCCCGGAGGCUUUUAUUAAACAUAAAAUAAGCCCCGGCUAUCUUCCCGUUCCUCCACAGGAUUUUCUCGAGGCUGAUUUUGCCACUGCACAGGUGACCUUGGGAAAUUUUAUACCAGCUUUAAGGGCAGGGGACCCAACAUAUUUCGCAUAUUCCAAAGCGAAAAAGACCAGCCUCUACACACUCAUCUUAAUUGGCAACACAGAUGAGGACGUACCGACAAGCUUGAUUUCAAGGAGAGGGUUUGUUAACUACCUCUCUUUUAAUGGACAUAGUAACAACUUAUUCUGUGGAGACAUAUCAGUGCCCCUAACUCGCCCCGUACCUGCGCUAGGCGUACCUUUGCAUCAUGGAAUGGCAUUACUUUACGAACAAAAAUCCCGGAUUGAUACCGAUCAAAUAAGUCUUUUGCUAUUAGCAAGAACGCGAGUUAUUACUGACAUUGGAAAAUUUUCUAGAACAUACGGCCUUGGAAAUCCGGUUGCUGGAAAUUUUAUUCAGACAGAACUUAGUUAUUGUGGUUUGCCAUAA